UUGCCUGUUUGUUUCUUUGCGUGGAAUUCCUGAAGAUUGUUGAAUCCUUUGUGGGAAUUGUUUGCACGACGGGUGAGGAAUUCCAAGCCAAACCACCCCGACACCCAACAACUCGGCCUUUAAAGCAGACCGAGUCGCAAGGAAUUAGCGCAUUUUGGGCGACAGCGACACCCUUUUAGUGGGUAAAAGAUAAAAGUCUCAGAUGUGAGUGAAGAAGAAGGAGGAGGAAUAUGAUGAGGAGCUGAACUACAGUAUGUGGCAAAAGUAUUCAAGAAUACUGAAGUAUCGCGCUGAAAGUGAGGAAAAGAAGCUUAUCGUGUGCUGUAGAUGGACGCAGUGAUGAUGCUUUGCUGCUGUUCCUCCUGUCUAGACUGAGCGAUGGAGGGCGAGAAGGAGAGGCAGAGGCAGCAGGGCGAGGAGAAGGAGAGCAACGAAGCCGACGACGGCAUGAGGAGCGACGAUGAUGCCGCUGACAACGACGACGAGGAUUCGGAGGGCGCAGCGCUGGUUUGGCAGGAAGGCUACGGCGAGGACAACCUGGGACUUCCCAUCAUGCACUGGGAGGCGCUCAGCCUGCGCAUCGCUGAGCUGGAGAAACAGGAGGAGGAGAAGAAAGAGAAGAUGGCAAAGAGUCGGGCGUCUCUGGAGCGAGGCCGAGCGCCGGUCAGCUGGACAGGAGAACGAGGGAGGCGAAGAGAAAGCUGGGAUGAUGAUGACGACGACGACAACGACGACGAAGCCUGCAACAGUCACAUGACGGCCCUGAGCUCACGGCUGCAGACGCAGAUGAACCUGCAGCUGUGCUUCAUCAAUGACAGCGAAAGUGAGGAAGAAGACGAGGAGAAGGAAGAUGACGUCAGCAAGAAGAGAGGAACCAUUCCUGUUCAUAAGAACCCUCAGCCUGCAGCCAAGCCGGAGAAAACCAAAUCCAGAGGCUUCCGGAACACUUGGAGGAAGUUGCGAGACAGACUGAGAGCAGACCACAAGCCACUGAAGCCAGCCACCAGCGAUCCCAUCGUCCAGCGGAGACACUUGGAGCGCAGUGAUUUACAGAACUUCACCAUGAAGGAGCUCAAUGCUCUGUGUUCCUCCCUCAGGCAAACUAUACAAGACUUAAGCACCGAGCUGGUGGGCCGCCUCCAGAUCCGGGACCAGCUGAGAACGGAGCAGGACGCCAUGUUGCUGGAGGUUCAGGACCUGACCUCCCUGGGAACACUGCUAAGCAGUCCCAGCUGAGGGUAACACCUUGACAACAUUGUGAGUGUGCUGCUUUGGGCAAACAUCUCGGUGGGAGCUGUGGUCCACCCCUUGUCACACAUGGACCUUUUUUUUUUUUUUUUUUUUUUUUGCACACCUUUUUUUCAGUGACGAUACAAAAACACCACUUGUGCUAAUGACGACUUUUUUUGUCUUUUUCAUGUUGGCACAGACACAUCAUCAGUUGGAACUAAGGGAAUUCGUUACCAAUCAAAAGUGAUUGUAUAGUAGUAGUUUUAAAAUGUUUUUAAAUAUAAAAGGGAAGUCUUUUUAACAUUUUUAUAACAUAGAACUAAGCUGAGCUCAUGCCCUUGCAUAGGGACUGUAUGCAGUGGGUUCCUCCAGCUGCCUAGAGGGCGCCAACAUUUGAACGUAUUGCAAGCAUUAUAUUCCGCUUUUUUCUGCUUUAAAGAUGCCGAUGUAACGCACGCAUGUGCACUAGUUAUGUUUGAUAUAAGCUAAUGAUAGCAAUUUGGCAAAAUUGAGCUACUAAUGCUCAUUAACAUCAUCACCGUUUAUUGCUAUCAUUGAAUGUAUAGCCUGUCAACAACAACAUGACUGCAAAUUGUUGAUGGCUUUUCUGAGACUGUUUUUGUGUGUGUGUGUGUGUGUGUGUGUGUGUACACACCACAGACAUAUACGUGAAUACCAACAGCCAUGAAAUGUACGACAAUUUUUCAUUCAUAAUUGUGAACAUUUUUGCUCUUAUGUUCUUUUAAACUGCUGUUGGUGACAUAUGCUAGCCAAUGGUAGUGGCCAGCUUAUAUUUAAAAAAAAAAAAAAAGUAAUUUGAAGCAAGUUGCAUACAGUCCCUUUUAAGAUGAGUUUCAUCCUCACAGGUGUUUUUUAAGGGCUAUUCCCCUACAUUAGCUUAACACGAACACAGCUAGUGUUGACUCACCUUCACGGCAAGAGUCCCAUAAAAAAUUCUUUUUGCACAUCAGGUAAUAGAAAAGUGACAACCACUUUGUUUCUGUUACGUGUUGAAGAAAACAAAGAAGUCUUUGGCUUUAA